GUUUUUUAAUAUUUUUUUCAGUAAUAGAGCCCUGGUUAUAAAUUCGAGUGGGAGAGGGGGAGUGGGUUACACAAUACAUUGUUGGUCAAUAAUGACCAUGUAUCAUUGCGCGUAACCUUGUCCGAUCUGGAACACCUAUCGGUCCUCCUCUCCUAGAUGUAACAUUACUUGCGACCUCCAACCUAUUACGAGAGAGAAGAAAACAUGCAAAUCUUUCACUUCCUAUCCAGCUAUCCUAGUAAGUAGCAGUAAUUGAACACCAAUGAGACAGAUAUUAAAUUAAAAAGGGACUCAUAAUAAUGAAGUAAAUGACCACCGACUGGUUUCAUUUGAAUAGUACCCAGGCCAGAACCAGUUGCCCAAGUUAAAACCAGCCAUUACAUGGAGAGCCAUAAUCAGGUACUCUCGGACUCACUUGAUUAUCAGUGGUUGAACGCUUCUAUUACUCCUUUCCUUUGACUUUUCAGUCAAUGUGUCGUCAAAGAGCGAACAUUUCGUGUUACAGGAAGGAGCAUUGGCUAAAUGCGUCGGACAGUUGCGAUACUCAUAAUACCCAUUCAAUGAGUCAAACUAGAAACUUAACCAGAGUUAGACGCUGACCACAUGCUAUGGUUUUUUCGCCUUUUAGCUCCAGAUCUCUCUGGCGCUCUCUCUGUCUCUGUCCCUCUGCGCGAAGACGCGAUUCUCUCUCUCGAUUUAAACUCGGCAACAGCAAUGCCGUCGGCUAAGUCAAUCAUGCCUUUACUGUGUCUGCUCUGUGUUUUGUUGCUACGCAUCGAAGCUUCAGUUCACGACUACGCUGGAGACAGAUUCUUGAGCAAAGGCAAUGCUUUCGUAGUCCACGGAGGAAGUGAGGGAAUUUACUCUUCUGUCCCCAAUCAGAACGGAACUUCUAUCUCUUCAAAUGGCGAUGCUUUCAUACGAUUGGAAAAGAUUACAUUCCGGAGGCCCAAAGAAUUUUCAAACUUCAGUACAGGCUUGAUUUAUGUCAUUGUUUUUGAGGUGAAUGAUAGAGAGACAAUUGGGGGCUCGGCCUAUGGGGGCCAGAGAGCUGUAUGCUGCACAGCAGAUCUUGCAAAACUGGGUGUGUGUAGGCAAGGGGAACUUAUUCACCGUCAAUCUACCCAGAAUCCUGGUUGGCCCCAGGUAUUUGGUGCGUCAUUUGAUGUUGAUGAGCUAGCCUCAACAAUGCAACCCAGAUCAAUACAGAUUACAGGAACUGGAAUGUAUAAUCUGUAUUUCAUUCAUUGUAAUCCAAAUCUUAAGGACUUGGUUGUAGAGGGGAAAACUAUAUGGAAAAAUCCUACUGGUUACUUACCUGGUAGAAUGGCACCACUUCUGAACUUUUAUGGCUUCAUGUCUCUUGCUUUUGUGAUACUUGGAAUCUUCUGGUUCUCUCAGUAUGCAAGAUUCUGGAGAGAGAUUCUUCCAUUGCAAAACUGCAUUACACUAGUGAUAACGCUGGGCAUGUUUGAAAUGACCUUGUGGUAUUUUGAUUAUGCCGAAUUCAAUGAAACAGGAGUAAGGCCAACUGGGAUCACCAUAUGGGCAGUCACCUUCGGCACCGUGAAACGCACAGUUUCGCGUUUGAUUAUCCUAAUGGUUUCUAUGGGCUAUGGUGUUGUGCGACCUACCCUUGGUGGUCUUACAUCAAAGGUUCUUAUGCUUGGAGCAACCUUCUUUCUUGCAUCUGAAGUGCUUGAACUUGUAGAAAAUGUUGGAGCUAUAAGUGAUCUUUCAGGGAAGGGGAGACUGUUUUUAGUUCUUCCAGUGGCAAUCUUGGAUGCUUUCUUCAUUCUUUGGAUAUUUACAUCCCUCUCUGCAACUCUAAAUAAGCUUCAGGCUAGAAGGAUGAUGGCCAAGCUAGAUAUUUACAGGAAGUUCACAAAUGCAUUGGCAGUAGCUGUUAUUGUGUCUGUGGGCUGGAUAUGUUAUGAGCUGUAUUUCAAGUCAGCAGAUGUAUACAAUGAGCAGUGGCAGAAUGCGUGGAUCAUUCCUGCCUUCUGGCAAGUCUUGUCUUUCUCUCUCCUUUGUGUCAUCUGUGCUCUUUGGACGCCAUCUCAGAACUCAAUGCGAUAUGCGUACUCUGAUGAUACAAGUGAAGACUUUGACAAGGAUGAUACUUUGACAUUUAUAAAGCCAUCCCCUCAGGCUUCAAAGGAUGUACGAAGUGCUCCGGAAGUGAGACCAGGGCAUGGCGACAAUAGAUUGUCAAAUGGUGAUAUCGAGGAAGACAAGACACAGUAAUGUACACUGUUGAAUGUUUAAGUGGUUCUGUUGGAAGAAGCUCUGCGGCCUGGAUCAUUAUUGUUGAUCUAGUUUCUCUCUGAGCUUGUGUAGGAUUGUGAUGGUAGAACUGGGAAAAACUAAUUAUGGUAUAUGAGAAAGAAGGGUCCUACUAUAUUCUUCUUUGUUGUUCGUUUUUAUUCCUAUACCUUUGUUUUGAUUGGAAUUUAUAGCCUCCAGUACUAGCGGCUAGAAGGGAUAACAUUGCAUCCCUUUGUUUAUUUGCAACAAGAAUGGUUUUAUGAUUUGUCAUCGCCUGUAAUCUACUUUCCUUUUUCGAAAUACACCAGUUAAUGCCUG